UUGAACGAUCAUCUGCAGUAACGUUUCGGUGCCAUGGCGCCUGUGCAUUCCAAUGUCCCGCACGUCGUGCUCCUCGCGAGCCCCGGCGCCGGGCACGUCGUCCCAGCGGCCGAGUUCGCGGCGUGCCUCGCCGCGCACCACGGCUGCACCGCCACGAUCGUCACGUACACCAACCUGUCCACGGCGAGGCACUCCUCCGCGCUCGCCUCCCUCCCGCCGGGCGUCACGACCACCGCGCUCCCGGAGGUGCCCCUCGACGACCUCCCCGCCGACGCGCGCAUCGAGACGCGCGUCUUCGCCGUCGUGCGCCGCACGUUCCCGCACCUCCGCGAGCUGCUCGUUUCCCUCCUCGGCUCCCCCGCCGGCGUCGCGGCGUUCCUGACCGACAUGCUUUGCCCCGCCGCGCUGGCCGUGGCCGCCGAGCUCGGUGUGCCGCGGCACGUCUUUUUCACCUCGAACCUCAUGUGCCUGGCCUCGCUGCUCUACACCCCGGAGCUCGCCGCGACCACCGCCUGCGAGUGCCGGGACCUCCCGGAGCCCGUGAUCCUCCCCGGGUGCGUGCCGCUGCACGGCGCCGACCUCGCCGACCCUGUCCAGGACCGCGCCAACCCCGUGUACCCGCUCAUGGUCGACCUGGGCCUCGACUACCUCCGCGCCGACGGCUUCGUCGUCAACACCUUCGACGCCUUGGAGCACGAAACUCUUGUGGCGUUCAAGGAGCUUUCCGAUAAAGGCGUGUACCCUCCGGCCUACGCGGUCGGCCCGUUCGUCCGACCGUGCUCCGGCGAGCUGAUAAACGACACCUGCGUACGUUGGCUCGACGACCAGCCGGACGCGUCGGUCGUGUACGUCUCUUUCGGCACCGGCGGGACGCUGUCCACAGAGCAGACGGCCGAGCUGGCGGCGGGGCUGGAGGUGAGCAAGCAGAGGUUCCUCUGGGUGGUGCACUUCCCCAACGACAAGGACAACAGCGCGAGCUACUUCGGGACGACCGGCGGCCACGGUGACGCCGGCGACCCGCUGAGCUACCUGCCGGAGGGGUUCCUCGAGAGGACGAAGGGCGCCGGGCUCGCCGUGCCUCUGUGGGCGCCGCAGGUGGAGAUCCUGAACCACCGCGCCGUGGGAGGGUUCCUGUCCCAUUGCGGGUGGAACUCGACGCUGGAGGCCGCGGCGGCGGGCGUGCCGACGCUGGCGUGGCCGCUGUUCGCGGAGCAGAGGAUGAACGCCGUGAUGCUGUCGUCGGAGCGGGUAGGGCUGGCGCUGCGGGUGGGGCUGGACGACGACGGGGUGGUGCCGCGGGAGGAGGUGGCGACGGCGGUGAGGGAGCUGAUGGCCGGGGAGAAGGGCGCGGCGGCGCGGAAGAAGGCCAGCGAUCUGCGUGUGGCGGCGGAGAUGGCGUCGGCGCCGGGCGGGCCGCAGCACCAGGCGCUUGCGGCGGUGGUCGGCGAGUGGAAGCGGCGCGGUUGAUCACCCGCGCGCGCGCGCGCGGAUGGAGCUUUUAAACAAUUAAUAACCAUGGUAAUCCUGCUGCAUUCCCUGUACCACAAAAGGUUCGAGAUCUUUUGGAGAAGAUGGUGAACAGUUUUUUUUUUUUGCUGUUAUUUGUUUUAAUUUGUAAUGAGUAUACGUC